AUGAUAAGUCUAUCCGUCUUUGGGAUGUAAAGACAGGAUAAGAAAUUAAAUCCUCUGAUAAUAAAUAUAAAGAUAUUCUUACCUAGUUUAAAAUACCACUAUAGAAUAGCUCAUUAUUACCAAAUGGUAUUUGUUAUUUAUUAUUAUUUAGUUGAGCCAGAUCGUACAAUACUAAGGAUUUGUCAGAAUCCUUUAUUAGAAGCAAGAGGUACACUUAUAUUGUAAGGAGAAUUUAUAAAUCAAUCAGGUAUUGAUUUAAAGACAUUGUUUAAACAAAAAGGAAGUUGCUUUUUGGAAGAUCUUAAGUAAAAGUGA